UCCCCUCUGCCGUUGCUGCCCUGUAGAAGCAGCCCGCUUUCCAGCUGGCACACGUUGAGAACCCCCCCUCCGGGACCGCCAGCUUCUUUUGACCCCAGGGAGGAGGUGGUGGUGGUGGCACCAUGUCCGAGGAGACGCUUUUGACCAUGGACGAGGGGACGCUCCGGAAACUGCUGGAGGCCACGCUGGACCUGGCCGAGCGGCGGCGGAUCCGGUCCGCCAUCCGGGAACUCCGGCGGCAGGAGCUGGAACGGGACGAAGAGGCCACGCUGGCCUCCAAGCGCUUCCGGACCGAGAGGCAGGAGAACAAGGAGAACUUGCUGAGGUCCCGGCGGCUGGAGGAGGAGGAGGAGCAGCAGCAGAAGGCCCUGGGUCUCCUCUCCGGGAAGCUUGAGGCGAUCCAGGAUGUGGAGGAGCUGACGGCCUUGCUGCGAGGGGCCAGUGAAUAUGAGGAGCGGAAGCUGAUCCGAGCCGCCAUCCGCAAACUGCGGGAUGAAGAAAUUAAAGCUGCAAGCUUGGCUGGGAAAACGUAUGACCAUCGGAGGGACACCAAGGAGACCCUUGACUCGAAGGGACAGGAAGAAAAGUCCGUAGACAGAAGUGUCUCCGAGGUACAGGAGCGAGCGGAGAGAGAGCUCAUCCGGGCCCAGAUCCGGGAGCUGCGCAGCCAACAACACAGUGACACGAAGCCGCCAGAUGUUCUGGAUUCCUCUUUGGGGACUUUUCUCCUUCUGGAUCCGGCUCCUAACCGGCCUCUCUCCGAGUCCUCCUCAGCCCCAGAGAGUGGUCCGGAUCCUGAUUCGAGCACCGAAGGCCCCGAGGCCAGCUCCCGCGACAGCGAUUCUGGGCCCGAAUCCCAGCCCCCUUUGAAGGAGGAGAGCGUCAGCGGCCAGUCGGCGCCGGAGGACGGGGAAGCGUUGAGACCCCUUGAAGGGGGAUCCGCUGGCGAGACCAUGCAGGAGAAGCUGGAGUUUUCCAAUGGGGGGCAAGGGGUCUCCUCGGAAGGGGAGGCCCCUUCAAGGCUCUCAGUCCAGGAGAGCAGUGAGAAAGAGGACGUCCCUCACGUCCCGGCCAAGGAAGCAGGGGCGACGACCAGCGAAGGAGGAGACGCGUGUGUGUCAGCUCCGUUGCCCUCCGUUGACCCCGAGCGCCCAGCCUCGUCGGACGCCCCCUGUGCGGGCACAGCAUCACCCACGCCGCGUCCAAAAGUCAACGCAGAUGCCCGACGUGACCAGCCCUUCCAGAGAACCGGCUCCUCCAUCUGGGAGCGUGCGCGCAAGUUCAGCGCGGAGCCCCCCAGCCCUGCGGGCACCGCCGUGCCUGCUCCCCAAAAGGCGGAGAGCGCCAGCAGAGGGGCCCGGAUCCUGCAGCAGCCGCAGCACCUCCAGCGACCGGCGGACUCACCCGUUCAGGCCCCCGGGGGCGGCGCUGGGCGGGCCUUCCAGGAUGGCACCAAGCAGCGGGCAGGGAGCGCGUUCGGAGCUGUCGGGGAACCCUCCGGGCGGCUCACAGGCUCUCCGGCAAAGGCGGGGAUGACGGCACAGCCCCCGGCUCCAGCCAGCCCUAAAGAGGUGGGCGGUCUCCGGGGGCGGGGCCAGGACAGCCAAUGGCGGGGUGGCAAGCUGACCCCGGCUCGCCAGCUGGUUGAAAACACCAAGGAGAGCUCCUCCGUCCGCUCAGAAGAGCCCGAUGCCCAGCGGAGCACCUCCUCUCGCACCCCUCUGCCAUCCCGGGCACGCAGCCCCGACGCCGACCCCAACGACGCCAUGAAGACCCUGCUCACCAUCGAAAUCAAGGAUGGGCGAAACCAGCCCGUCCGGAGCCACAUCGUGGGCAUGCCCGGGAAUCAGCGGGCAGAGCUCACCCUCGGGCUGAGGAGUGCCCCCGUCCAGAUCACCACCACCAGCACCGGCAGCCUGAAUCAGAUGGAGGCUGAGCUGCCGGAACAGCCCAAGGCAGCCGAGGUGAUGUCAAAUUACACAGAGAAGGAGAAGGCCCAGGAGGUUCACCGGCGAGGCCGGCUGAGCGCUGAGGAGUUGAGCAAAAUUGAGGAAGAGGAGGUGCUGGAUAAAAUGCUCGACCAGACCACAGACUUUGAGGAGCGGCGGUUGAUCCGGGCGGCCAUGCGGGAACUGCGCCAGAGAAAACGAGACCAGCGGGAGAAAGAGCGCAGCCAGCGGCUGCAAGAGGCCAAGACCAAAGCGGCCAGCCACACCACCGAGACCACCGCCCGCCAGAAGGCCACGUCGGCCGACGGAUCAGCCGUCAGCACGGUCACCAAGACCCAGCGCCUGGUUCAGUCCAAUGACGGCAGCAAGACGUCCCGCACGAUGAUGAUGGAGGCCAGCUACGUGAAGAGAUCGGAAAACGGCAGCACCUUCGUCCAGACCAAAUCAUCCUAUACUUCCUCUUCCUCGAAGAAAGUGGGCAGCAUCUUCGAGCGAGAGGACGAGAGCCCCGGGCGGGCGGGCAGCUUGGCCGCCCUGGAGCGGCGCCAGGCCGAGAAGAAGAAGGAGCUGAUGAAGGCUCAGAGCCUCCCCAAGACGACCACCUCGCAGGCCCGCAAGGCGAUGAUCGAGAAGAUGGAGAAGGAGGGCGGGAGCCCGGCCAACCCGGCGAUGUCACGGGUCGCCGUCCAGCGGUCCGCGAGCUUUGGGGUCCCAAAUGCGAACAGCAUCAAGCAAAUGCUGCUGGAUUGGUGCCGCGCCAAAACCCGGGGUUACGAGCACGUGGACAUCCAGAACUUCUCCUCCAGCUGGAGCGACGGGAUGGCGUUCUGCGCCCUCGUUCACAACUUCUUCCCCGACGCCUUUGACUACGCACAACUUUCCCCCCAGGAUCGACGGCAUAACUUCGAGCUGGCCUUUUCGGCGGCCGAGUACUGCCCCCAGUUGCUGGACGUGGAGGAUAUGGUCCGGAUGAAGGAGCCGGAUUGGAAGUGCGUGUACACUUAUAUCCAGGAGUUCUACCGCUGCUUGGUCCAGAAAGGGCUGGUUAAAACCAAAAAGUCCUAGCCUCCCCUCUCUGUGGAGCUACGGAUGCUCGUGGACUGCGUGCCGCUGGUGGACGUGGAAGACAUGAUGAUCAUGGGGAAGCGUCCGGAUGCCAAGUGCGUCUUCACCU